CGAUCCUCGACCUUUUCUCUCUCUAACUCUCUCUCUCUCUUUCUCUCUCUAACGCUCCCCAAAUUUUCUUUUCCAAUCUCACUUUCCGUGCCUCUCUCAUCUCUGUGUCUUCCUAAAAACCCUAUUUUUUUUUUCUCUCUCUCUCUUCAACGUUCGCUCUCUACAAUCCAUUGUUGUGAGAGCUCAAGUGCUUCUUCCAUGGCGUCGACGACGGCCGGCGAAGGCACUUCCUAUGGCGGCGAAGGCGGCGGCGGCGGGAAGUUUCGGAAGAAGCCAUUUCGGGGGACCCCAACCAAGCCGUACGAUCGGCCGCCGCAGACUGUUCUUCCAAACCCUAGAAACAACGGUUGGCUCCCCAAGCUUGUAGACCCGGCCUCCAAACUCAUCUUCGCUAGCGCUCGCAUGUUCUUCUCCUCCGUCUUCCGCAAGCGCCUCGCUCCUCCUCCUCCUCCUCCGCCGCCACCAGAAGUAAACCAAGAAUCAAGGGAUAAGCUUCAGGGGGCCGCUCCCAAUAAUCCUCUUGGAAUGCAAGGACCAGCCAGUGAUGGUGGCAAUCCAACUAAUAGCUCUGAUGGUAGUGGAAUUUCUGAACUGGAGCAAAUAUUAAAACAAAAAACAUUUACUAGAUCUGAGGUUGAUCGUUUGACAGAGCUAUUGCAUUCAAAAACUGUUGAUUUACCUAAUGGGGAUGAGUACAAAAGGAGUGAAUCAAAUGUUCCACAACCAUCAUCUGCUUUUGAAAGACAGGAUGAAUAUGCAAGUAAUCCAAUACAAGCAAAUGGGAAUGAGACCCACUUGGAGAGCCAUAGACUUCAUGGACCGAUUUCAACUCCUGUUGUCAGUUCACAAGUCCUUGAUGAGGAUGUUGCGACACCUGCUGAGCUUGCAAAAGCAUACAUGGGUGGUAGGCCUUCAAAAGUGUCACCAUCAAUGUUAGGUUUGCGAAGCCAACCGCUGAGGGAAGAUGCAAAUCUACUAAAUAAUGUACCAUUUCGUCCACAGUCACCUGUGAUGUCACUUGUACCAAAGCCUGCUGUUCGUGUAGGUGUUAGUGAAAAUGGUUUUAUGACCCCAAGAUCCCGAGGCAGAUCUGCAAUAUAUAGCAUGGCUCGUACACCAUAUUCCAGGGUUAAUCCAACUGCUACCCAAAAGGGUUCCACAUAUGAUGGUUAUGGUGGACCAUCUGCAUCAUCAUCAUCCCACUUCCCAUGGAAGCAUGACAGUGAACAUGGGUCUAAACAAUUGGUCCUAAAACGUAGGAGUUCUGUAUUAGAAGAUGAUAUUGGAUCUAUUGGUCCCAUUCGCAGGCUUCGACAGAAAACUACUCUUUCGACUCCAAAAAAUGUGAGUUUGCCGGUAUCUCGAAGUCCUCUUUCUAGUUUUGGAACUGGAGUUGGUUAUGAUGCCACUCAACCCUCUUCAACCCAGAAGUUGGUUUCCCUAGAUGAACCUAAGCAUAGAACCUCGAAAACAGUGGGAGAAAAUGAGCAUAACAGCAUUCCUAGUACAAGUUAUACUCCUGUUCCUUCUAAGUCUACUGAGAUGGCUACAAGAAUAUUACAGCAGCUUGAAAAGUUGGUUCCAAAGGAGAAAUCAUCAGAGGGUAAGAUAGUUUCUGUGAGGGAGAAAUCACCCAGUAAGUUGAUGCCAAAUAUGCUGCGUGGCCAGGCUCUUAGAAGCCUGGAGGAUGUAGAUUCAUCAAAGAUUCUUCACAAUGCCAAAGAUAAUAAUAAGUUGGAGGAUAUGCACAACACCUGUUUGCCUGAUGCUCGUGAUACUAGCUCUCAAAAGCAAGACAAAGUCGAAGAAAAUGGCCCUAAAAAGUUUGUUUCUCGUGAGAUGUUUGCUCCUGCUGUGAUCAGCAAUACUACAAUUUCAGUGAAAGAUACUGUAAUCGGUGUUAAAACUGCAGAUUCAAUCCUCACACCAUCUCUUACUCAACGUCCUCAAAAGAAACAGGCUUUCCAGAUGAGUGCACAUGAGGUUGGUGGUGUUGCCUUUCUUCGUCCAUGUAGUGAUUUUCUGGAGCUGGAUGAUGAGAUUCAUUCUAAUGAAGCUGCAUCUAUACCGUUGGCUGAGGGGAAAGAAAUAUUGGAGAUAUCUGUGGCAGAGAGCAAGGCUGCUGCUUCUGAAGCAGUGACUGUGAACAAAACUCCAGUGUUGCCUGAAAUCAUGCCAUCUGCUAGUCCUGUAAUGAAAAAAUCAGCUGAUUUAGGAACUACUGACGCUUCUGUGGCGAAUGAGAAAAACACCGGAUUUUCUUUCUCUACUGCACCUGCUUCCAGCCCAGCUUUUCAGCCAGUUGUGGCCACUCCUCAAUCAUCCUCAGUAUUUGAUAGGAUUGUUCCCCUUGAGGAACCAAAUGCAGCUCCUCCUCUAUUUAGUUCCAACUACAAAAGUGUUGAUAAGGUUCCAUCGCUCACAUUUUCUUUUCCAUCUUCUGUCAGUGAAUCUUUCGGCCAAAAAUCUAGUGCUCCAUUGGAAUCAAAGGUAGAAAAUUCAAACAGCUUCAUCAAUGUUGCUUCUGGUGCUGACACUGUACCAAAAUUUCCUGAGUUGGUUAAAGGUGAUAAAGACGCUCAAAAGUCUGGAGCUAUUAUGACUUCAAGUUCGCCUGCUGCAUCAACUUCAACAUCAGCAAGCAGCAUUUUCUCCUUUGGUGCUCCUGCCAACAAUUCAAGUCUAAGUAAUGGUUCACUUGCUUCAAGUCCUUCUAUAUUUUCCUCCCCGGCUCCAGUUCUAGCUUCCAGUCAUUUUACAAAUCAGACUGUCACAAAUAGCUUUUCUAAUGUUGCCUCUUCAACUACUGCUACCAUGAGUAACAAUGGCAACACCUUGACCACCUCGUUGAAUAGCAGUGUCUCAACCUCUGUUGCAGCACCUUCAUUUCCGGCAGCCCCUAUUUUCAAAUUUGGGUCCACCUCUGUAGCUCCAUCAAAUUCAGUUUCAGCAGUAUCGUCUUCUGGUGCAGAAACUACAGAUUUGAAGGCCAAAACUGAGAAGGAAACAACCUUUGGCAACUUAAGCAGCUCACCUUUUGGUGGCACAUCAUUUGGAACAGCAAGCACAGGAAGUAGUAGCAUCUUUGGAUUCAGUGCUUCUUCCACUUCAACUGCAAAUAAUCAGUCUCAGGGUUCUCUUUUUGGCACCAGUGGUGGAACUGGGGUUGCAACUGUUACGCAGAGCAUGCCAAUUCACUUUGGGUCAUCCGCCUCGCCUCCAGUGUUUGGGACUUCAGGGACUAUAUCUUUUACUUCUAGCAGUUCUCUGUUUGGUUCUUCGUCGUCUACCAGUUCUCUGUUUAGUUCUUCAACCUCUAGCAGUUCUCUAUUUGGUUCUUCAACCGCUAGUGGUUCUGUAUUUGGUUCUUCGACAACUCCUAAUGUGUUUGGCUCAAGCACUAGUUUUGGUCUCAGUUCUUCAGCUUCCUCUUCGGAGACGAACUCCAUUAGCACCAGUGGUUCCACUUCAAGCUUAUUUAAUUCCACUUGGCAGCCCACCAAGCCUUCAUUUAACUCAACAUUUAGUUCUGCGUCUCCGUCAACUGGGUUCUCCUUUGGAGCAUCCUCGGUUUCUGUUGCUGCUACCAACAGUGCCCCUAUGGUGUUUGGAUCAUCCACUCCUACUAGUGGCUCAUUGGAUUCCAUUUUCAUGUUCACUUCAGCUGCUUCUACUGCUACUGCCUCUUCCCAAGCACAGCCCAUGUUUGGUAGUGCUGUUCCUGUCUUCACGGCUGCCUCAGGUAAUGGUGAUCAGAUGAGCAUGGAGGAUAGCAUGGCUGAGGACCCAGUACAGGCAUCCAUCAUGCCUGCAGUUCCGGUAUUUGGUCAACCGCCCAUCUCAGCUCCGUCAUCUGGCUUUAUGUUUGGUUCAACUGCUCCAUCGCCAGGGCUCGCCUUUCAAUUUGGUAGCCAACAACCAAAUCAGAGCGCUCCGCAAAAUCCAUCUCUAUUUCAGUCAUCGGGUAGUCUAGAAUUUGGUGCUGGAGACAGCUUUUCAUUGGGUUCUGGUGCGACCACUGACAAGUCUGGUCGAAAAAUUGUCAAAGUAAAACACAAGAACCGGAAGAAGUAAGACAUUAAUGUUGCAGGUAAUUGGCUUCUUGGCCAUCACCCAUGGUUAUAUGGGUUAAUGUGAAGAUUAUUGUUAUUCUGUGUCUCGGAGUUCUCAGUGUUCGCAAAUGUCAGAUCAGACCCUUCAGACCUUGAAAUUCUAAUGAUUCUGUUGGGUCCUUUACAUUUUGUUUUUUAUGGGCAAAUUUUCUUUGUUGCUAUGCAGGCUUUAAAUGUCGCAAUUUUGGUUCUCUCUAGUGCACCCAAGAACAAUUGUACUGUAUCCUUAGGACUAAUAUUUCAUAGGGUUUCUGGUCUGGAAAUUUGUGUUAUCGGCCCUUUCUGUAACAUGAAAUGGAAAAUACCCGAGGAUGUAUUUAUUGUUGUUGCACAUCUUUUAAAGUCAGAAAAUGCGGGCCUUCUUUUCCGAUUUGG